AUCUUCAACUUACAACUUAGUCCGCACCAUAAACGAACCAUCGACGGUUGGUUGGGAAUUACCAAUUCUCUUUUCCGGUGUUACGUCCGAAGAAGUAGUGAAAUUGGUUAGCCUGGCCGCGAUAUCCUCUUUAAUAAUUUUUUGCGCUAAAUUUUUAAAUUAAAAACUAAAUCAUGCCUCCUCAAGAACAUAACGAUAUCCACGGCAACGAAAACGAUUCUUCUUCCGAGACCAAGAAGAAUAAUGUUUCCCUUGAGAUGACAUCGAGUGGAUUUUCAAACAAUGGUUUCGUCGAGGACAACAAUAAUCGUAAUAACAAGACGGUGAAUGAAGAGAAGAAAAAAGUUGAUGAAGAAGAUGGUUUCGAUUUCGAUGAUUUGUUACCGCAUAUUGGUGAAUUUGGAAAUUAUCAAAAAAUACUGUUUUUGUUGAUGAUACCCUUUGCAUUUUUUGUUGCGUGGGUGUAUUUUUCACAAAUUUUUAUAACUGUUAAUCCGGAACAAUAUUGGUGUAGGGUACCUGAAUUGGAAAAUUUAACUGUUGAACAAAGAAAAGUUUUGGCUAUUCCACAAACGGAUGAAGGUUUCGUAAAGUGUUCAAUGUACGCUGUUAAUUUUACUGAAAUUCUUCUUAACGGAACUAAACAACCCAAUAAGGAAUGGCCGACAAUACCAUGUUUGCAUGGUUGGGAAUAUAAUUUUACUGAUGUGCCAUACAAUACUAUAGCUACAGAUUUGGAUUGGGUUUGUGAAAAUUCAACUUUACCAACGAUAGCUCAAGCAAUAUUUUUUUGCGGUGCCAUUUUAGGCGGAUUAGUUUUCGGCUGGAUAGCAGAUAGAUAUGGUAGAAUACCAUCAUUAGUCGGAACAAAUAUCGUCGGUUUAAUUGGUGGAGUUGCAACCGCAUUUUGUACAACAUUUUGGUCAUUUUGCGUUUGCAGAUUUUUGGUUGGAAUGGCUUUCGAUAAUUGUUUUACAAUGAUGUAUAUUUUGGUGCUGGAAUAUGUUGGACCAAAGUGGAGAACAUUCGUUGCGAAUAUGUCAAUUGCAAUUUUCUUUACAUUUGCUGCUUGUAUUUUACCUUGGAUGGCCUUAGCUUUAGCCGAUUGGAAACUUUUAUCUAUUGUUACAUCGGCACCUCUUGCAUUGGCAUUAUUAACACCUUGGUUUGUACCAGAAUCAGCAAGAUGGUUAGCUUCUCAAGGUAAAAUUAAUAAGGCUAUUGAUAUUUUAAGAAAAUUUCAAAGAAUUAAUAAAGUUGACAUCAAAGAAGAAAUUUACAAAAAAUUCGAAGAUGGUUGUAACGCUGCUUUAAAAGAAGAAGAAAACUCUAAAAACUAUUCAGUUUUGGAUUUAUUUAAAACGCCCAGAUUGAGAAAAGUUACAUUGCUUUUAAUUGUUAUUUGGAUGGCCAUUUCUUUAACUUUUGAUGGUCAUGUGAGAAACGUUGGAUCUUUAGGAUUGGAUAUUUUCUUAACAUUCACAAUUGCAUCAAUAACGGAGUUUCCAGCUGAUACUUUACUUACCGUUAUUUUGGAUGUUUGGGGAAGAAGAUGGUUGGCGUUUGGAACAAUGGUUUUGAGUGGAAUCUUUAGUAUAUUGGCUACAACUGUACCUUACGGUAUUCCUUCAGCUACUUUUGCCAUUAUUGGAAGAUUCGCUGUUAAUAUUUCUUAUAAUAUCGGUCUUCAAUAUGCCGCUGAAUUAUUACCUACAGUUGUUAGAGCACAAGGAGUAGCUCUAAUUCAUAUUAUGGGAUAUGUAUCUAGUAUUUUAGCACCUUUCAUUGUUUACUUGGCCAAUAUUUCCCCAUCAUUUCCUUUAUUAAUCCUUGGUGGAAUCGGAAUUAUUGGUGGAAUCUUAGCACUUUUUUUGCCAGAAACAUUAGGUCAUGAAUUACCACAAAAUUUACAAGAUGGGGAAAACUUUGGACUUGAUCAGAAAUUCCUUGAAUUCCCCUGCACAAGAAAGAAAGAAGAAGAGAUAAAACCGGUGUCACCUUACUUCAGAAAGAGAAGUUCGCUUAGAGCUUCCGCAAGAGCAUCGUUUAGAGGUCAAAUUCGUUCUAAUGCCAUUCAAAGAAAAGGAAGUGAUAGAAUUGUGUAAAAAAAGUUGUAAAAAAAUUGUUACCAAUCGCUGUGUAUUGUUGUUAGUUAAUAAUUAGAUGUAAGAGUGCUAUAAAAUUAUUUAUUAAUUAAUAAUCGAACUGUGAUCGUAAAUUAAUUUAAAUUGUUGU